AUGGGUGCUAAACAGUCAACGACCCAAAAGAGACUCGUUACAAAAAUUCAGGGAGUUUUGGUUGUUGGGGGGUUUGAAAAUGUCAAGAAAAAGGAGAUAAAAAUGUUGGCUGCUUGGCUCCUCUCCCAAUUCCCUACCACCGACCCCGGGCAGAUUUGUGAUAGCACAUUCUGGUCCCACGUUUCUUUGAAAGCGAACAGCAUGUGCCGCUCGGGGGACUCAAAAAUGUUAAAGAUUGCGUUUUUGUGUUCAACUAUUCGGGACCUUUUAGCAUCACGUAGACAAUUGGGAGAGCAGCCAACCGAGAGUUCGUUUGUUCCCAGUUCGACUGUUCGCUCCUCCCCUGUCCCUUUUUCCUCUAUGUCUACCCCUAAAUCUGGCAUCCUGAAGAGAGCAGCUCGAUUAGGCAGCACGCAGGAGCAAUUCCAUCCUCCUGGCUCUCUUCAGGAUGUUCAUUCCCCCCGCCUGAGGAGUCCUGGCCAGACUCCUCGGGAUUCGUCCUACCCUCCUUUUUCCCCAGUUCGCGUGCUAAAAGGUUCAAAAACAGUUCGUUUUUACCCUCCUCCCUCUCCUACCCCUUCCGAAAGCUCGCUGACCCAAGAUGGCGUCAGCGAGCCACUAAAUGGCGGGCGCCACAUGGCGUUUCCCGCCAAACCCUCUCCUUCUCCCCACAAUCCUUUUCGUUCCUCCCGGAACCCCUUCCGUUCCCUUGACUCCCCCUCCUUCCCUCCUUCCCCCUCUCCAACCGUUCCGCCCUUGCCUCCGCCCAUUUCCCCUCCUACUGCCAUGCCUCCUGUGUACCACGCCUCUGAGGCGGGGACAAUACCACUGGUCCCCGCCCCCGUCACUGGCUCCUCCCCUUCCGUCCCUUGUUCCGGUUCCCACGCUCUACCUUCCGGUUCCCACGGUCAAUCGGUUGCCGGGGGUGGGGCUGGGGGCCGGAACCCGGAGUCGCUGCCCAAUCUUACUGCGGCCCCGGUGACUUAUAUUCCGGGAGCGGAAGGGAGGACCCAGUCCCACUGGACCCCUUUUUCAAACACCACGAUUAAAGAGUUGUGUAAAGCCCAAAAGGAUUACUCUAGGGAGAAUGAGUUCUUCCGGGGUAUCCUGAGGGCCACCCUUACCGACACAGUGAUCAUUCCUGCCGAUCUACGGCGCAUUUUUUCGUGCCUUUUAUGCCCCUCAGAGUUCCGUCUCUGGGAGGCCAAUUGGAAGAGAGAAAUCGGCAAAAUUUUGCCUCAAUUGUGGGAAAACCAAAGCACAGCCGUAGACACAGAGGGGGGAAUGAUCACCACAGAACAUCUCAGUGGUGUCGGGUCCUGGGCAGACGGAAACUACCAGGCGUGGUACAUCCCAGCCGACGCUUUAAAAGCUACAACAUUGGCCGCACUAAAAGCCUUCACAAGCUUAAGGUCUCCCACCACACCUCUCAUCCCCUAUUCCAAGAUCCUACAGGGUGAUAACGAACCUUUCCUUUUGUUUACUGAGAGGUUGAGAAAGGCAAUAGAAGUUCAAGUUAAGGACGAAGCCACCAGAGAAGGAAUUUUAACGGAAAUGGCAGCCACCAAUGCCAAUCCGGCAUGCAAGGCUGCCAUCCUCAGCCUUCCCUUUGACCCGCCGGCGGACCUUACUCAAAUGUUGGAGGUUUGCGAGCGGAAAGUGGCAGUCCUCCCGGGAGAUCAUCCACUACGUCCACCUCUUCGGAGGGCUGCAGCUGCUGUCUCUAAUUCAUCGCGAGGAGGCGAUCCAGACUCAACAAAAACCUCAGAGGACAAAUCCGCAGCAAAAAAACUAGUUUCUGAGCGCGAGUCCUCCCCGCGUAAGGAAAAAAGUAGGGCGGACAAUGCAUCACCGAGCGGGGAGGGGGGAGAAGGGGAAAGGUCACACUUUAUUUCCCCAGGUUGUUCGCCUGCGUCGUCAUUUAUUCCGGACUUGACACUUUCUAACCCUAUUUUAACCACUCUUUCUGAACAUUCUCCGUACAGGCUCCAACUGAUCGAGCCGCUUCAUAUCACAGACACCGACCUCCACGAGAUCUCCGUCUGCCCGGACGCACAAGGUACUUGGUGGCGGGUCAAGUGUAGGUAUGUCGUAGUUGGAGACACAAAACACACCCCAGAACACCUCAACAUCUUACCUGGUGUGUUGUCCUCCCAAAUAAAUCACUUUUCCAUUCUGUUGCAUUGCACAUGCCCACCCAUCUUUUUGCCACAAGGGCAGGUCAUCGCUCAGGCGAUACCUGUUCCAGAAAUACGUUGUUCGAUCUCAGAUGAUGACAAUUCUACACCCACAGUGGCUUGGUCCCAAGUUGUCUCCAGGGACAAACCACGCCUUACAUGUCAGCUACAAAAAGAUGGGAAUGUUACUACGUUAAAUGGGCUUUUAGACACCGGGGCAGACGUGACGAUCAUUCCCGUUAGGGAAUGGCCGUCACAGUGGGAGUUGCAAAACGUGGCAGGAAGAAUCCAGGGUGUCGGAGGAAUUCAAUUGGCUAAACAAUCCCGGAGCUUCGUACAAAUUAUGGGGCCCGACGGGCAAUUAGCUAAUAUCCGCCCGUUCGUUUUAGAUUAUACGGAACCCCUGUGGGGAAGAGACCUCCUUGCCCAGUGGGGAGCUAAAAUCGAUCUCCCAUCGGCUCCUCAGGUUUUUGGGGCAGCGGUCACUGAGGGGCGCCCUAUCCAGAAACUUAAUUGGAAAUCUGAUACUCCUAUCUGGGUAGAGCAGUGGCCGCUUUCGAAACAGAAAUUAAAGGCGCUCCAGGAGCUCGUGGACGAGCAGCUGCGGAAGGGGCACCUGGUGGAGUCCACUUCACCAUGGAACUCCCCAGUUUUUGUCAUCCGCAAGCCCAACAAAAACAAGUGGCGGCUCCUCCACGAUCUCCGCAAAAUCAAUAACAUCAUUGAAAACAUGGGGUCUCUUCAACCAGGGAUGCCGUCCCCAGCGAUGCUCCCUCAAAAUUAUCAUCUGGCUGUCAUCGACGUUAAAGAUUGUUUUUUCCAAAUUCCUCUACACCCGGAUGAUGCCCCACGUUUCGCCUUCUCGGUUCCCACCAUCAACCGAGAAGCCCCAAGGAAGAGGUACCAUUGGACAGUUUUACCACAAGGCAUGAAAAAUUCGCCGGUGAUCUGCCAAUGGUACGUCUCUUCCUUGCUGUCCCCGGUACGUGAUGCAAUGAAAGAGGUGAUAAUACAUCAUUAUAUGGAUGAUAUCUUGAUUUGUGCUCCAACAGACGACAUACUUACCCAUGCGCUCGACCUGACAACCAAUGUGUUGAUUGCUGCGGGGUUCGAGCUCCAGCAAGAUAAAAUUCAACGGAUGCCGCCCUGGAAGUACCUGGGCCUUGAAAUUGGCCGUCGCACAAUUGUGCCCCAAAAGAUCUCAAUUCGGCCACAUAUUCGAACUUUAGCUGAUGUCCAACAGCUGUGUGGAGCGUUGAAUUGGGUGAGGCCUUGGCUAGGCAUUUCCACCGAAGACCUAGCCCCCCUUUUCAAUUUAUUGAAAGGGGGAGAGGAGCUCAGUUCUCCUAGGUCCCUCACCCCAGAGGCAGAGGCAGCCUUGGAGAAGGUACAAGCGUCCAUUUCGGAGCGUCAGGCUCAUAGGUACAAGCCGAACCUUCCAUUCAAAUUUAUCGUUUUAGGGAAAUUGCCACACCUCCACGGGGUGAUUUUCCAGUGGGACAAUUCCACCAGAAGGGACCAAGGGGCUAAAGAUCCACUCUUAAUCAUGGAGUGGGUCUUCCUCAGCCAUCAUCGGUCCAAAAGAAUGACCAGGCCACAAGAGCUGGUGGCAGAACUGAUCCGCAAGGCUCGUCUGCGGAUCAGGGAGCUAGCUGGUGUGGAUUUUGAGUGUAUUCACAUUCCUAUCCAAUUGAGUUCUGGAAAUUUAACUAAGGCGAUGUUGGAGCACCUAUUGCAGGAAAACGAAGCUUUACAGUUCGCACUCGAUAGUUACUCCGGUCAGGUUUCUAUCCACCGACCUUCUCACAAAUUUUUUAACGCAGAUGUACAGUUCCAUCUUUCAUUAAAAACAGUUCAGAGCCGGACUCCUUUGGAGGCCCUGACAGUUUUCACAGACGCGUCCGGAGCAUCCCACAAGUCUGUUAUGACUUGGAAGGAUCCUCAGACUCAGCAGUGGGAGGCUGACGUUAAGGUGGUCGUGGGAUCACCUCAGAUUGCUGAGUUGGACGCAGUCGUCAGGGCUUUCGAGAAGUUCCCUGAACCUUUCAAUUUAAUUACUGAUUCGGCAUACGUGGCCGGAGUUGUUUCUCGAGCUGAGGGUGCAAUCCUGCAGGAGGUCUCUAAUAAUACGCUUUUUGUCUUGCUUUCGAAACUUAUCAGAUUAGUCUCCCACCGAAAGCAACCUUUUUAUGUGAUGCACGUCAGGUCUCACACCGAGCUUCCGGGGUUCAUUAUGGAGGGAAACAGGAGAGCUGAUGCUCUCGCUGCUCCUGCCCAGAUGGCCCCGCUCCCAAAAGUGUUUGAGCAAGCCAAGCUUAGCCACCAGCUAUUCCAUCAGAACGCUCCUGGUCUCGUUCGCCAGUUUAAGAUCACUAGGGAACAGGCCAGAGCGAUCGUGGCCACAUGUCCCCAGUGCCAGUCUUACCAGCUGCCCUCCAUGGCAUCUGGCACUAACCCCCGUGGAUUGUCCAGCUGCGAGGUGUGGCAGAUGGAUGUCACCCAUAUCCCUGAGUUUGGACGCCUUUCUUACGUCCACGUUUCCAUCGAUACUUUCUCCAAUGCCAUCUAUGCCUCUGCCCACACAGGGGAGAAGGCGAAUGAUGUUAAAAAACACCUUUUGUUAGCCUUCUCCGUGUUGGGCAUCCCAAAAACCAUCAAAACAGACAAUGGCCCGGCGUACAAAUCCAGGGAGCUGAGAAGCUUCCUGCAGCAAUGGGGAAUAGAGCACAAAACCGGCAUCCCCUAUUCCCCGACAGGUCAAGCCAUGGUGGAGAGAGCCCAUCAGAGCCUGAAAAACACCUUACACCACCAACACUCGGCUAUGAAGAUGGACUCCCCACAGGCCCGCCUCGCACGAGCACUUUACACCUUAAAUUUCUUAAAUUGCUCGUUUGGAAACUUAAGUCCACCUAUAGUGCGGCACUUCGGGCAGAAUGAAGGUCUGAGACCAGAAGCACGACCACCUGUGCUGGUCAAGGACCCGGAGACUUGGAGAACGGAGGGGCCAUAUGACCUGGUGACCUGGGGGAGGGGAUAUGCGUGCGUAUCCACCCCCUCAGGUCCCAAAUGGGUACCAUCGAAGUGGGUCAAGCCUUUCCUUCCCAAGAAACAGGUGUCUGUAAAUGAUGUCUCACAAGUCCACGAAGCCUGCUGGCGACGCAGGAGAAAACCUUUUGAAAGUGAUUUCGAUAUCCUGGAACCAAUUAUCUAAUCCUGAGUUGCUAAACUUUCCGUUUAUAUUUGUUACUUUAGGACCCACGCCAUGGCAACCCUGUCCGAGAUCGCGCGACAUACAGUGUUCACCAUCGCUGUCCUGCUGUCUGCGGCGAUACCGUCCUCACAGUGGGUCGUUCCCCAGCCAAAAAGAAACGUCUGGAAGACUCUCGCCAGCGCCCUCGGCCAAGAUAGUAUAUGCCUCACCACCGCAUCGGCAGCAGACCCUCUGUCCACCUGCCUUGUGGGGAUCCCGUCUCCUCCAGAUGAGUUACCCCUUUCCAUUCGUACCUCCCUUGAGUCUUUCUUGGAAAAUAAAAUCAAUCGCCCUUCUGACCCUAAUCCCAAUUUAGUCUGGAGGAGAUUUGCCAAUUCCUUAAAUCAAUCAAAAUCAGACCCCAUCGAAUUUAAGUUGCUCGGUUCCGCUGCCGCUCAUUUUUGUUUUCAGUUCUUGCCCUAUUCCGACCUCGAUGAAUCAGUUCCCAUUCCGAAUAUUACCUCUAAUUAUACAAGUGAAUCGUGGUGCCCUUCUCUUUCGCAAAUUACUACAUCCAUCACCCGAGAUCACAAACCCCGUUCCUUGCCUAGCGGAUUCUUUUUAAUUUGCGGCGACCGAGCUUGGCAAGGUAUCCCCUCUCGCCUUCUCGGAGGUCCUUGUACUAUCGGCUGGCUGUCGCUGUUUACGCCCAGUACAAGUCAAAUUAUCAAUUGGCAAAAGAUAAAUGUCGCAACAAAUUCUAAUCGGACUCGUAGAGAUUUGACCAAUCUGGAUGAUACCUGCGACGAGGAAAUUUUUCAUUGGAGCAAACCGGAAGAGGUGGCCUGGAUCACCUUCUUCCCCUGGGUGGCCGUGGCCCAAGCCUUAGGCGAGUUAGGCCACCUUGAGUGCUGGGUUGCUAAGCAAGCAAAUCUUACUUCAGCCGCGCUGAGUGACCUCCUAGCAGACGAUGAAAUAACAAGGCAGGCCACCUUGCAAAAUCGGGCAGCAAUAGACUUCCUAUUGCUGCUCCAUGAUUAUGGUUGCGAGGACUUCGAGGGACUCUGCUGCCUGAAUCUAUCUUCAAAAGCCGAGGACGUCCGUCUUACUAUCAAGAGAAUGCGAGAGAUGAUAAAUCAAAUUAAGGAAGACUCUACAGACUGGCUGGGGAACCUUUUCUCAGGAUGGGGGCUGUCUGGGUGGGUCAGAUCUAUUUUGAAAACUAUUGUACUGCUUGUGUUUACUGUACUCCUAAUUCUCGUUGUUGCUUCAGUUGCUUGGAAAUGUGUUAAAAGACUGUUAAUUAAGUUGGCUUCGCCAGCAGUCAUCAAUCACGCGGAAGAGCAAGAGUUACCGUGGUUAGAGGAUUAUGUCGACGACGACUACUGGGAAGAAGAUGUUUAAUUAUGAUCCUUAUUUUAAAACAAAAAAGGGGGAGAUGUGGGAUCGCGUCGGUCCGCUCUCCCUCGUCCCUACCCCGUCCCUAAGUUGUAUAAGUUCCAGGAUGUCAAUCAUCUUAUCAGUUUUCCCUGCUCCUCCUCACUUUCUGUAAUUCCCUCCCUCAGAUCCCUGUCCAUCACCCGGAGGUUCAAUCCCACCUUCUAGAAGCUUCUACUCUCUCCGUCAGGUGAUUGGUUCAGGGACUGAGACCACUCCUAGUAAUUGUUGUAAUUGGGUAGUGUUACUGACAAUCUGUUCUAUGCUCCACCCCCCUAACUCCCUGAUUGGUCCUUUCGUUCCCUUGAUAAUACGUUGCCAGACUGAGUUCUGGGUCUUUCGGCGGUUCCCUCUUCAGAAUAAACUGGAACUGUGCUA